AUAAGUUUUGCUAGGAGCGCGUCAUUCGUUAUUCGCCAGUAGGUGACGACUGUUAGCAGUGACAGUACUGGUAUUCUGUCGUACUGGCGUGAACUACUGACUGCUGACCGAAAUGUCUCGCAGUGUAAUGCGGCUGUGUGUCGUGUGUGUGUGUUUGUUAGUGGUGGUGAAAAAUGGUGCAGCAGACGCGCAAGUAUCUCCAGUUAAUAACAAUAGCAGUAAAGAUGGUCCCGUAACACGCAGUGUGUCGGGCACGUUCCGCGGCUCCUGGAUGGAGACCCGCCGCGGGAGACGCUUCCAGGCUUACCGUGGGAUACGAUAUGCAGAGCCACCCGUCGGGGAACUACGAUUCCAGCCCCCGCACCUCAUCCUGCAGUACGAAAAAGUGGUGGACGCCAGUAAGGAAGGUCCAUCAUGUCCGCGGCCUGCUAGCCCUGGCUACUAUGUGGACGAGGACUGCCUCACCAUCAACGUGUACACUCCUGGCAGUGGCCGCAACAGUACCAAACCGCUCCCCGUGAUCUUCUUCAUCCACCCCGGCGGGUUCUACUCGAUGUCAGGCCGCAGUGACCUAGCUGGCCCUCACUACCUUCUCGAUAGAGAUGUCGUUCUCGUCACCAUUAACUACAGGCUCGGGUCUCUCGGCUUCCUCGCCCUGGGCAACCAGCUGGCUCCCGGUAACAAUGGUUUCAAGGACCAAGUUGCAGCUCUCCGCUGGGUGCAGAGGAACAUAGCCGCCUUCGGAGGAGACCCCAACCUGGUCACCAUCUCAGGCUGCAGUGCCGGCGCCGUCAGUGUCAUGGUGCAUAUGAUAUCGCCCAUGUCUAAAGGUCAGGAUCUUAUAAAUCUUACUCAUUCUUGUCCAUAUUUGGCUAUGAUUUGGAACAAGUGA